AUGCCAACUCCUUCGAGAUCUAGAUAUCACACAACCGUACCUUCUCACCACUCGUGUCCACCUGAGGAUGACAGGGUUAAUUGGAGGUUUUCUGAGAUGGAACCUCAAAACACAUCAACCAUAACAUCAUUAAGAGAUUCGCAAAACUCGACACCAGUCGCAGGAUCACACGUGGCCUCUUUAGUUGACACAAUAAUCACAGAUUCACAAAAUACUCCGACAAUAGAAUCAACACUUAUACAAGUAGAGGACGACCUUGGGCGUCCCAGUAACAGAUCGUUCGCAAGUGGUAACGAAGGAGAGCGCCAGGGAGAAUUAGAUGACUACGAUUCACCAAAUCUAGGAACAAUCUUUCCCCCGAUAGGUCAUGAUUUUUCAAGUAAACGUCUUAUUCCUUUAUCUCCCUGUUGUUUCUUGCGUGCAGGCAGUCGAUUCAAGGGUACUCAGCAGUCUGAACGUCAAGUUUAUGAUGUACAAGUCGAGAUAAAACAUGUUGACAUGCGAGAAUCCUUCCUUUGCGGAUACUUGCGAAUUCAGGGGCUUACCGAAGAUCACCCUACACUCACUACGUAUUUUGAAGGCGAGAUAAUUGGUUCAAAAUAUACAUUCUUAACGCAGCACCGAGAUUGGGGAUCCAAUGAUAAAGUUGACCUCACGCACUGGGCAAAAUUUUCUUCAUUUAGACCAUUUUCUAAAAAAGCCAAGAAGGGAAACCUUUGUAUUCCUCAUCUCACUCAACGAGAGAAUAUUUUCAUGAGAUGGAAGGAACACUUUCUUGUCCCAGAUCACAGGGUUAAAACUAUCAAUGGUGCAAGUUUCGAGGGAUUUUAUUACAUUUGCUUUAACCAAAUCCAGGGUACAGUUAGUGGCAUAUAUUUUCAUGCCAAAAGUGAGAAAUUUCAACAGCUUGAACUAAAGCAUGUUGAAGAUCGCGCAUGUUUCGCAGCCAUGGAAUUUCGAUGA